ACUCACCCACUCCGUCCCAGUGAGAGAGAGCUGCUGACUCCCAGACAACAGCCCAACUGCCAGACUGAGUAAGCAUGUUGGGCCUCCUCCUGUGUGUGAGUUCCCUCCUCCCCCUCCUCCCCUUCCUCCCCCCCUCCCUCGCCCAGGGGUCAGGGGCAAGGGUGCGCCUGGCGGGUGAGGGCCGGGGCCCCAACGAGGGUCGCGUGGAGGUGUUCUAUAAUGGGACGUGGGGGACGGUGUGUGAUGACGAGGUGGAUAUUAACCUGGCCAACGUGGUGUGUCGAGAGCUGGGCUUCUCACAUAGUCUCACAUGGGCUCACAGCGCUAAGUUUGGAGAAGGACAUGGUCUGAUCUGGUUGGAUAACGUGCGGUGCGUGGGGACGGAGCUCUCCCUGUCUGACUGUCGCUCCAACGGCUGGGGGAUAAAUGACUGCACCCACUCUGAGGACCUGGGGGUCAUCUGUAGCACCCAGAGAAGGGCUGACUAUUCCACUAACCACGUAGAGGGGUCCCCAGCAUCCCUUGCCAUCCCGGUAUCCUCAGUCCAAGACAGGGUGAUGGUGGCCCCUCCUCCCCCUGCUCACAUCACAUCCCCCAGGAGAAGGGGUCAUGAGAUUGCCCUCCACCGCAGCACCCCCAGAGGUCAGGGUCAAAGUUCAAGGCAACAGCGUCAGGGUCAUGCGAUCCACCUGCGUACCCGGAAUGGCCAGAAUCAGGCGGGAGGGGAGGCCAGGACGGGACAGGAGAACCCGGCCGUUCCUCAGGGGCAUCAGAUCCCCCCCCAGCUGGGGAAUGGUGCAGCCUACAGGCAGGCCCAGGAGGUGGGGCAGACCGGACCACAGGCGGUCAGAUGGGAGGCAGAGAUCACCAGGCAGCCCAGUGGGAACCAUGUCAAACCAGAGGCCGAAAUCCCCAACGUGGACCUGGAGACAGACAUCACAGACGGACAGACGGGCGGUAGGGUUAGGCUGGAGGAGGUCCGUCUCCGGCCCGUUCUGACGGGCGUCCGCAACGGCCUGCUGUCGGAGGGCGUGCUGGAAGUGAAGCAUGCUGGGAGGUGGCGUCACGUGUGCGACCAGGGCUGGGACCUCAGCAGCAGCCGUGUGGUGUGUGGCAUGCUGGGAUACCCCUCCGCCGAGGCCUACGACCACACCGUCUACAGGAAACUAUGGGACGCCAAGUUGGCAGAUCCCUCUACAAGACUAGCAGGUCUGUCCAGUAAGAAGGGGUACUGGGUAGAGCAGGUCAAGUGUUUGGGUACGGAGCCUGUCCUCUCCCAGUGCCACUCCCAGCUCUCCCUCCCCAGGAACCAGGUCACCUGUCAGGGGGGCAUGCACGCCGUGGUGCGCUGUGUACCUGGACACCAGUUCACACGCCUCUCCUCGGGGAGACCCCCCGCUCCCCCUGCCGUCCAGCCGGUGGUGCGUCUGAAGGCAGGCCCCAGGCUGGGGGAGGGCAGGGUGGAGGUACUGAGAGAGGGGAAGUGGGGGACCGUGUCGGACCACCUAUGGGACCUGAACUCGGCCAGCGUGGUGUGCAGGCAGCUGGGGUUCGGAUCGGCCAAGGAGGCCCUCAACAAGGCCCAGCUGGGACAGGGUACUGGUCCUAUCCAUAUGAACUCAGUUCAGUGUACAGGCAGAGAGAGCUCUCUGCUGCAGUGUUCUUUCAGGGAGGUUCCUCUCUAUAGCGUAAAACACACUCAUGACGUCGCUGUGCGCUGCAACGUACCCAACACUGGGCUGGAGACCACGGUGCGGUUGGCGGGGGGCAGGGAUCCUGGAGAGGGGCGUGUGGAGGUGCUGAUGGAGGUGGGAGGGGUACAGCGCUGGGGGACCGUCUGCAGUGAGAACUGGGGCAUCAACGAGGCCAUGGUGGCCUGCAGACAGCUGGGCUAUGGUUUCGCAAACAGAGCACACCAGGAGACGUGGUACUGGCCCGGAGCUCCAGAGGCAGCAGAGGUGGUUCUGAGUGGAACCCACUGCAUUGGAACAGAGAUGUCCAUACAGCAGUGUCGUAGGAACACACAGGUCUACUGCCCCAGGGGAGGAGAGGGCAAGGCGGCUGGGGUCACCUGCGUCGAGACGGCCCCUGACCUGGUAUUAGAUGCCCAGUUGGUCCAGGAGACAGCCUACCUGGAGGACCGCCCCUUACACCUCCUGACCUGUGCCAAUGAGGAGAGCUGUCUAUCGUCCUCUGCUGCCCGGAUGAACUGGCCCUACGGACACAGACGCCUGCUACGAUUCUCCUCACGCAUCAUGAACAUGGGCCGUGCCGACUUCAGACCUAGAGCGACCAGGGAGUCCUGGACCUGGCACCAGUGUCACAGGCACUACCACAGCAUUGAGGUGUUCACCCACUAUGACCUUUUGACCCUGAAUGGAACUAAGAUCGCUGAGGGUCACAAAGCCAGCUUCUGUCUGGAGGACACCUACUGCCCCGACGGUAUCCAGAAGCGCUACGCAUGCUACAACAUGGGAGAGCAGGGUAUCCAGGUAGGUUGCUGGGAUACGUAUCGCCAUGACAUCGACUGUCAGUGGAUCGACAUCACUGACAUCAGGCCCGGGGAGUACAUCUUCCAGGUCGAAGUUAACCCCUCGUUGGACAUGGCCGAGUCAGACUUCCAGAACAACGUGAUGCGUUGCCGCUGCAAGUACGAUGGAGGACGCGUCUUCAUGUUCGGCUGCCAUGCAGGUGAUGCAUACAGUCCAGAGGUGGAGGAUCUGUUUGAGCACCAGCGUCAGAUCACCAACAACUUCCUCUAACCAACGGGACAACGUACGAACCAAUGGGAGGUCUCCAUCCAACAGAAUAACCAAUGAGAGACUUCAGAACAACCAAUCAACCAACCGGUGGUCUCAGGGCAGAGCUUUGGAACCACAGCUCAUCUCAACUCACCCAAUCAGGGGAGAGGAGCCGGAGGAGAACCAGGAAGCCGGGGUUAGAAUGGACUGUGGGAGGGAGGGGGGAGGAAGGGAGGGGGGAAUUGUUACUGAAAAGGUCAAAGAAAGAAUCACCUGAACAUCAAGUAAUCAUCGCACAGUCACCAUCGCUAACCAUGUCUCUGAGAGAGGGAGAGAGAGAGAGAGAUGGAGAGAGAGAGAUGGAGAGAGAGAUGGAGAGAGAGAGAUGGAGUAUAUACAGAGACAUAUAAAGGACUUUUGGGUGGUUGUGACACGUUUCCCAGUUGGAAUCGGAUCGUAUCAAGCUGUCACUGGUGUCAGGUGUCACCAUGGUAACAGGAUUUAGAUUCAAGUAGAGAUGCUUGUCUUGAAACAAAAAAUGAUGCACAACAUUCACUCCAUUCCAGCCGUUAUUAUGAGCCGUGCUCCCCUCAGCAGCCUCCUGUGUUAUGUAGGAAGGUAACACUAAGGUACAUGAUGAGUAUUAUUGAACAACAUCUAUGUUUAUCAAAUCUCAAACUGUGUAUAUUGUAUAAGAUGGUUGUACCUUUUUAGUGACAACGGGGUAAAGCUUGUUUAAAGGUACACUCAGUAAGAUGGCAUUGUCAUACAUUUUCAUAAAACAUUUUGAUUUAAACUUUAUUUUGACAGGGAAGAAAUAUUGAGAACUAGGUCUCUUUUCCCAAUGUGCCCUGUAUGAUACAUCAUAAAUAUACACACAAAGGCCGACAUCUUGUGAGUAUUGUGCGUUUUCUUUCGAAAUACAAUCAUUUCCGUUGUCCAUUUUCCAUCAACAGAUGCCUUCCAUUGAAAAACCAUUGGCUCAAGGCAUAAUUUUAUCACACAAAUGUUCUGUCUGGCCACGGCCUUAGUAAUGGUCCAGGGCCCGGUUUCCCAAAAGCAUCUUAAGGCUAAGUUCAUCUUAGAACCAUAGGAUCCUUAAGAUUCUUUUGGGAAACCGGGCCCUGGUAGAUUCUCUCCAGCUCUUUUCUUGCCUGUUGUCCGUCCAUCAUCAAAUCAGAUCACCUACUUUCUUCAAAAAUUAUCCUUCAUGUGCUUUCAUCGAUCUACUUCACUAAUGCAGUAUUUAUGCUAUAAAAAUGCAGUAAUCGCUGUAAAAAAGAAAAAAAAGAAAAAUGUUUUUUGUGUGUGGAAAUUACAUUGAGAAGUAUUUUUCAUGGUGCUAACAUUUAGCCUUUAAAAAAAUAAUUAAUAUUGUAAUGUAUUGCAAAUAUGACCUCUCUAGAGUAUCGUCCUGUAGGUUUGUAAUUUAUACCUUAAUAUGAUGUACUUUUGACUUAACACGUUUGUCCCUUUUGUAGUUGUGUUUUGUAGAAGGUUGCAAAAUUCCGGUAACUUUCCCAAGAGUCCCAGGUUCUCCAGCAAUCUCGGUUGGAAUAUUCCUGGAAUCAGGAAGUAAUAAGCAGGAAAUCUGGGAAAUAUAGGAAUCCUACAACUGGGAAUUUUGGAAAAGUUAUCUAUUUUUUCUUUUUUUUUGCAACCCUAGUUUUGUAUAUAUUUUUUAUUACGAUAUAUCCUAUACUUGUUGUCAUUAGUCUGUUUUAACACCAGUGAACCUCAUAAUACAGGUAUAUAUAUUGUCUGUGUCCCUAAGAGCACACUAUUCCCUAUACAGUGCAUUACCUUUGACCAGUUUACUCAGGGCUCUGGUUAAAAGUAAUGCACUAUGUUUUGGGAAUAAGGUGCUAUUUGGGACGCACGAUGGUUGUACCUAAUAAGUAUUGCACCGGAUACUUGGCAAUGGUAGAGAACAAUAAACAUCAGAUUUCCAAACGA